AGGAGUGAGUUAUAAAUUGAUGUUGAUUUAUAGGAUAUUGUAGCAGCAUAAGAUGAAUAGCUGCUCAUGCAUCUUUUUUAUUUUCGGGCAUUUAUGUCUUAAUAUUUUUAUUCUUAGAAGGGCAUUGUUUGCAUUGGGUUCAUCAGAAGUGCUGGAGGUUUGGACCGCCUGACAGUUCUGCCUCCUUGUAAAUCACUCCCAGUAAUUCCUGAAAAGGUGCGAGGGAGACUGUUUGGGGGGCCGGCCGAAAACUGUAAAUCUUUCACUUUUAUUACCCCUCUGUACAUAUGCCGGUGACGCUGUACAAGCUCUGCAACCCCUUCUUCUUUUCUUGUUCUGCAGCGAGAACAACCCGCCGCUCAACAAACCAGCUUGCAGUUGCGAGAUGCAUCUCUGCUAAUCCAUUUUAGUUUUCCAAUGCAUUUUUUUUUAUUAUUAUUAUUUGGCGUCAUUCCCUUUAUUUGAUGAUUAAUACGGAAAACAAUGCAAGAGAAGCCGAGCAUGCUCCAGUGGCUCUUUGUGCUGCAAGCAGGGGUUGAAGAUAGACACACAUACACAGAGACAAAUAACAAACGCAGGAUGAUAAUGUGUUUUAUUUGAAUACAAUCCAGGAACAGCUGCAAGAAAACCUAUCGUGUAAUUUAUUUCAUAAAUCAUUGUAAAAUACAAAUGGCACACCAGUGAUCUGCAGAAAUGCCACUCUCCAUGGGUGAUGCGUCAAAAGCACUCUUCUUAUUUUUUAUUUAUAAAUUCCUUGCAAAAUGUAUUAAUCUUAAAAGCCUUUAUCAAAGUACUCUCAUUGCAACGCAAAAUUGCCUUAUCAUCAUACAUGGUUAUUGCAUAGAUUAUAGAAUAGCUGUUAUCAAAAUGCAAUAAUAGGGACUGAUAAUAGAUACAAAAAACAGCAAACAGUCCUGCCUUUAAAUAUUGAGGCAUGCGGGUUGCAGUCCUUGAUAUUCAAAGAAGUAGGAACAUUUUCUCAAUCACAAACCUCAGACGAGCAUAUAAACGCCACCCUUUAUCAAAGUGGACCGGUAGGAGCUCCCUGCAUGAGGAAGAGGGCAAAUCACGUGAACACAUAUGCUUGUUUCUAAAAGGCAGUGCCAUUUUAUUUGUCAUCAUAAAAGCUUCAGAAACAAGCCCCCCCAAAAAAUCCCAAUCUACACAGGCCUAUCCUCGAUAUCUCACUGGUUGAUUGAUUGCCAGUGGAUUUUUUUUUCUGUUUCCCCCCUCUUCCUUGGAAUAAGGAUACCUGGUUCGCUUUUUUUUAUUCCAUUCUUUCGGGAAUACUGUCUCCAACCGGUGUAUGGAAAUGUUGGAAAAACAGCAAGAUCAGGUUUAGGACAGUACCGUCUGCAGACAGGGGGAAAAAAAGAGGGGUGAAGGAUUUAUUCUAGAAGCUGCACGGAGAGGAAGUCAGAGCUGUGAGGCAGCCGCUUUUUGAUGAAUUGAUUCGCAGGUCGAGAUGGAGGCGGUGAUGAAUGCGUGAGCGUUAUAAAAGAGAUCUGCGCAGAUUUUGCUCACAGACUGGAGCAACUGUGGGAAGCACCAAUCACGUGAAUAAUCAACACCCAUUUUGUGGCUUUGAAUCCACAAAAUGCAGAAGGCAACCUAUUACGAUAACUCUGGACUGUUUGGAGGCUACACCUACCCCAAACCAGACUCCUACAACUACGGCCCUGCUCAUCAGUCCUAUCCUGCUCCUAAUAUUGACACUGAUUAUCAGAGUUCAGUGUGUCCUAUUCAGAGCUCUGCAGUCAGGCCACCUCCGGCCCUCAAAGACAGUGACCUAAACGGGGACUGCUUGCGGCAAAGCGGUGGCCAGAGCAACACCAACAGCAGCAGUAGCAGCAGCAGCGGCAGCAGCCAAGCGAACGGGAUUUCUGAGCAGCAGGUUCCCCCUUUGUCUGCAUCCUCCCCGAGCUCCAACAGCUCUGGAUCCCAGAAGAAAAAGUCCCCAAAUGGCAGCGCGUCAGGGGCGGCCACCCCUGCCCUCACCAAACAGAUUUUCCCCUGGAUGAAGGAGACCAGGCAGAACUCAAAACAGAAGAACAACAACAGCUGCGCUGCUGCAGGUAGAGAUCCUGAUGGUGGAGAGGUGAGCGAUGAGAAAAGCCCACCCGGACCAGCCUCCAAGCGGGUCAGAACUGCUUACACCAGCGCGCAGCUCGUGGAGCUAGAGAAGGAGUUUCACUUUAACCGCUACCUUUGUCGCCCACGGAGGGUGGAGAUGGCCAAUCUGUUGAACCUCACCGAGCGCCAGAUAAAGAUCUGGUUUCAGAACAGGAGGAUGAAAUACAAAAAGGACCAGAAGUCUAAGGGUCUGGCACACUCCCCUAUGGGACACUCCCCGGACAGAAGCCCCCCGCUGAGCGGGCCCAAUCACACCGGAUACGGAGGCCAGCUCCAAAACGUGAACACCCUGAGCUACGACGCACCCUCACCGCCGCCCUUUGCCAAACCCCAGCAGAACAUGUAUGGUCUGGCCGCUUACACGGCGCCUCUGGGCGGCUGCCUCCCUCAGCAGAAGCGCUAUCCGGGUUCUGAGUAUGAACACCACGGCAUGCAGAGCAACGGGGGCUUCGCCAACGCCAAUUUGCAAGGCAGCCCCGUGUACGUGGGUGGGAACUUUGUUGAUUCCAUGCCAGCCUCGGGCCCCAUGUUCAACCUCGGCCAUCUCCCCCACCCAUCAUCCACCAGUGUGGACUACAGCUGUGCCGCUCAGAUCCCAGGAAACCACCACCACGGACCGUGUGACCCCCACCCCACGUACACAGACCUCACCUCUCACCAAGUUUCUCAGGGAAGGAUUCAGGAAGCGCCUAAACUGACGCAUUUGUAAUAUUACGACGUUUCUUGUGCGUGCGCGUGUUUGUGUGUAGGGGUGGGUGCGAGUGUGUGUAUUUUUGUGCCAAAUUACGUUGCGCUCUUUUUUAUUACCUCACUAGGCUAUUAACAACGCUCCGAGCGAGCUCUGUGUACUAUGACAGUAUUAUUGAUAUUAUUAUUAUUAAUGCUAUUGUGUAAUUAUUUUCUAAAUAAUAGAGCUUUCUCCAUUUCUCUUAAAUUUUUUGAGAAGCUAGCCUAAUUGUUGAUAGUUAUUUCUAUUUCUUUUUUUUUUCUUUUUCUUUUUUAACCUUUUGGUUUAUUCUCAAGUGCAAUGCGCAAUGUUUGACUGAAUAUUUCAUUCCGUUACUUGAAGGUAAGUAUUGUAGAUCACAAAAAGUAGAAUCUCAUCCUUAGAUGGAAAGAUUUGUUUUGGAAAAAUGACAAAAAAUUGACUGUUUGUUAAAGGAUCUCAUUUUCAUCAUCUUAUUUAUUUAUUGCGUCAUUAAUUUAGCAUAAUCCCCGGCACUAUAGCAUAUAGCCUAUUUAAUUAUUUAAUUGCUUUUGUAUUGCACAUUAUUUAUCGUUCAUUAUGCGAGCUAUUUAUAAGUGUGGAUUUGCGUUCCCGGAUUGGACAGAGCGGUGCACUUGUUGGGCAAAACAGGGUUUGUUUCUUUAUUUUUAUUUUUUUUAAAGAAAUGAUACGACUUAAAGAAAGGAGGAUUUCGAGCUGUAUAAAUCUGAGACUGGGGGAUAUUUAUGGAAAGUAAAACAUGUCCACAGUUAAUCUUGUGUCAAAACCUUAAGUGAAACGUAGACUAUCGCAAAAAUCAAAUACGCACACCAGCAUGUCAUUUUGUGUAGUCCUUUGCGUUUUUAUUAUUCUAAUAAUUUGCCUUCCAUUGUUAUUCCAUUCAGUUGGACAUCCAUAAAUUACGAAACUCCGAUGAUAUUGAAAUGUUAUAUUUUAUUGUGUUUAACAUUUUGUAAAUAAAGUGCUUAAACUUGUAUUUUCAAA